AAAAACACACACAAGAAAACCCUUUAUCCAAGAAACAUGGAUGAAGGCUUAGCAUUAGUGUUGUACGGCUGCAAGUUGGCCAAAGACCUGGAACAGAAUCUGCCACAUCUCGCACGCCACCCCGAUACUCUCCUCAUGUCUUGCGAAGACAUCAUUAGAGUUUUUACCAACGUUAAGGAGAGGUUAGUGUCUCGGGGCCAGACGAAUGUUCCUAGGCAGCCACAAGAGCUGCAACGCCUCGAUGAUGACAUUGGCGUUGGCAUUCAAGAAUGGUUGAGGUCGGGAAUGGUGGUGGAACAGGAGCAGCCGUCAGGGCUGGAGUUCGUCGUUCGUGGAUUGAGUGGUGGAGGGGACGCGGGCAGGAGUUUGAGCGGUGGCACAAGCCGGGACGUUCAACAUCCCCUAAUAAAUGCACCGGAUUCCAACAGAACUUCAUCAUCAUCGCAGAGACAGAGGAGGAGAAAGGAUGAAGGUGAGAAAAUAGUGAAGAGGGUUCCUGCUCCUCAGAUGGGAAAUCUUGAUCUUCCUCCAGAGGACGGUUACACGUGGCGGAAAUACGGUCAAAAAGAAAUUCUCGGGUCCAAAUAUCCAAGGAGUUAUUACAGGUGCACCCACCAAAAAUUCUAUGAAUGCCCCGCCAAGAAGCAAGUCCAACGAUUAGAUGAUGAUUUCUUCACAUUCGAGGUCACCUACCGGGACAACCACACCUGCCACAUGUCUUCCACCGCCCCUUCCGCAGCCGUUCCAGUACCCGGGCCGCCCUUGCCACCAGCCACCACCACCGCCGUGCACCCCCCGGUACUACCCUUCUCUUCCUCCCUCCCUACUACUCAUCAUGACUGGCUCUCCAUGCAAAUCUUUCAUGAUCUUGGCGGCGUUUCCGCCGGCGGCAGCAGCACGGGAGCUGGAAGUUCCUCCGCCCCAAGGUUCCCGGACUACCAGCUGCCGGUGGCGGAUAUGGCUGAGACAAUGUUUAAUUCUGGCAGCACCAGCAGCAAUAGCAUGGAUCUCAUUUUCUCGUCCAUGGAUGACAAGUGGGAUUCAGAAGAAAAGAAAGACUGAAUUAAUUAAUUGUCAGAUAAUAAAAAAAGGAAAUAAAAAAAAAAAAGAGUAGUGAUCUUGUAGCAAAAAAAGAUUAAUUAUUAAUAUCUUAUUAGGUAGAUAAUUAUUGACCUCUAAUUAAUUAGUAACUUUGAUAAUUAAACACACUCAUACAUAUUAAUUAUACCCUUCAAGUUUUAUUUUCCAAUUAUUUCUUACCUAGAUUUAUUGUAUGUUUUGUAGUUGAUUUGAUUCAUUAUUCAGUUUGAAAUUGACAAUUAAUAUAACGUUGCUAGAUAGAUAUAGUUGUUCC